ACCUAUCCUUAAGUGUAUCCAAUACCAAAUAUUGUCAUAUAUGCACAGAUACAUUUGUUUUGUACGACCAUUCGCUAUUAGCACUCAGGCUGUGAGCAUUCCCAGCCUUUAUUUUCUGAAUAUUGCCUCUACUGCUUAACCCACUGUUCUCAUUAUGACACCACUAAUGGCUAAUGAUUCAGAUAUGUGUUUAACGUUACCUAUGAGUGCAGAUGAUGAAUCUUUCUUCGCACUUCAGUCAGAACUGGAAGUAUUGGAGAAGCAGAUCCACGAUCUACUCAAGAGGCAAACAUGUCUGCGAGAAUGAAAAAUGGCGCUGGAAACAUCCUGGGCUGACGCUCGCAAAGCUGCGGUAAGUGUUCGACGUGAUUGUAAUACUCCUAUCACUUCUACUCCAUGUGUUUCUAUGCACAGAUCCCAGGCUUCAAGAUCACGACGAGCCAAAAUAAAUUUCACUCCUGCACCUACACACGCACGGCAAGAGGCGAAAUCCAGGACCGGAGCGAUGAACUCUCCCCCACCACCGCCACCGGUCUUCGAGAUUUCUACGAGAAAUCGCUAUGCUGCCCUCUGCGAGACGAAAUCCAACGCUGUGGUCAUCGGAGACUCAAUCGUCCGGAACGUAACUGCGAUUCUGAAGGAGGAUGCAAGAGUGGGAGCCGUAGUUCUGCACGCGGGGGUGAAUGAUGUGAGAAUGCGGCAGUCAGAGAUCCUGAAGAGGGACUUCAGGAGUCUGGUCGAUACUGUUCGCAAUGCAUCGCUCACAGCCAGGAUCAUCGUAUCAGGGCCGCUUCCUACUUACCGACGAAGGAACGAAAAGUUCAGUAGACUAUUUACGCUUAAUAAUUGGUUAAUGUCAUGGUGUAUUGAACAGAAGCUGCUCUUUGUAAAUAAUUUUGGAUCUGUUCUGGGAGCGACCAAGGCUCUUCCGCCCCGACGGGCUGCACCCCAGCAGCAUUGGAGUGGAAAUUCUGUCUGACACCAUCUCAAAGACGCUACGCACCAUUUGACUAGCCCAUGCCGAGGUAGGAAGAAGUUCCACCAUGUCCAGACGGCCAACAGAUGCCCAUCCCCAGUUUGAGAUUACGCCAGCUACAGCUGCAGACUGACUGACCAUCCCAGCUCCAUCAAGGCAAUUCCACCACCAGCCAAGAGAAAUAUGACCUUUGGACCAUCCCAGCUCAGACCACUACAUCCCCAACCAAGAGCAAAGACGGACUAUUUGUCUUAUUAAUGCUGAAGUUACAAUAUUUGGUAUUAAAUGCUAAACUAAAAUCACAUGUCACCAGUUUGAGUGCAGCUAUGACACGUCAGAGGGGAUCUGGCCCUCCCGGUUGACCCUGGUUUCUCCCAAGGUUUUUUUCUCCAUUAAUCAAUCAUUGGAGUUUGGGUUCCUCGCCACAGCAGGGCAGUGUUGGCCUGCUCACCGGGAGACUGCAUUCAUUUAUUUAUUUAAUUAGAAAUUAUUUAUUAGAAUGAUCUUACUCGUUGUAUAAAUACCAUGCACUGUGCUGCGUUUUACCUUUUCUGUUUUUCCUGUU